UAUCGCACUUCGGUUGGAACGACCUAAACUCAUCCACACCGCGUUCCACAUUUAACUUCUAGUUUACCUACGCACCGGUGGUUGACUUGGCUAAUAAACUAUUUAAUUUCACUAACAGUUUUAGUUUUAAAUUGUUCGAUUAUUGAGAAUAAUCACUGAACAAAAUGGCGCCCACAGUCGCCGAGUUCUACGAAGGAAAACAUGUGUUCAUAACAGGAGCCACCGGGUUUGUAGGAAAGGCUUUAGUAGAAAAACUGCUAAGAUCAUGUCCCGGUAUUCAAACUAUUUAUCUCCUGAUGAGACCGAAGAAAGGAAUGUCUGGUGAAGACAGGUUGAAAGAACUUUGCAACAAUUUGAUAUUUGACUACUUGAGAGACAAACAACCGGAAUGUUUUAUGAAAGUCAAACUGAUCGCCGGCGAUGUGUUGGAGGAAGAGCUGGGCAUAUCUAACGACGAUCGACAAGAGUUGCAGAAGAAUUGUAAUAUUGUCAUUCAUAGCGCUGCGUGUGUGAGAUUUGACAAAAACUUGAAAGAUGCAGUGCAUAUGAACACUAGAGGAACUCUUCGCGUUUUAAAAUUAGCCGAGACAAUGGAAAAGAUUGAGGCGUUCGUUCAUCUAUCAACAGCGUACUGUCGAUGUCAGCUAGAUGAGCUGGAGGAGAAGCUGUAUCCAGCCGCUCACGACCCUGAGAAGCUCAUGGACCUCUUAGAGUGGCUGGACGAUGAUACGCUGGCAUACUUGGAACCAAAGUUAAUAUCAUCUGAACCUAAUACUUAUUCUUAUACAAAAGCCAUAACUGAAGACUUAGUGGCCAAAUAUAACGCCAAGUUUCCAAUCGCAAUUGGACGGCCUUCUAUUGUAACCGCUGCAUGGAAAGAACCAAUGCCUGGGUGGGUUGAUAACUUGAAUGGCCCGACUGGUCUUAUAAUAGGAAGUGGAAAAGGUGUCAUUAGAACGAUGCACUGUGAACCAUCUUAUAUGGCGGAUGCCAUACCCGUCGAUAUGGUCGUCAACGGAUGCAUACUGAUAGCUUAUGUCACGGCCCUUGACAAGCCAAAAGAUAUGCGUAUAUUCAACAUCACUCUUUCUGGUGUGCAAAAGAUAAAGUGGAAAGAAGUGAUUGAGUUGGGUGAAAAAUGGGUGAACAUAUACCCAUACACCGUAGCUUUAUGGUAUCCUGGUGGAACCAUUAAAUCUUAUUGGUUUACGCAUCAGCUUAUGGUGAUACUGACGCAUAUCAUACCAGCAUAUUUCGUGGAUUUGUUGCUAUUUUUAUUGGGAAAGAAGACAUUCAUGGUGAAAGUACAAAAACGUAUAAGCCACGGUCUCAGCAUUCUCCAGUACUACACAACAAAAGAGUGGCAUUUUAGGAACACGAACUUCUUGUCCCUCCAAAAACGUAUAAGUGAGAAAGAGAACGAAAUAUUCUUUACCGAUGUAUCCAAAAUAGAUAGAGAUACAUAUUUGAGGGACUAUGUGAUCGGUACAAGAACAUAUGUUUUGAAGGAAGACGCUUCCAGUUUACCUAGAGCAAGAAAGUUGCACAGAAUACGUUAUAUCGUCGAUAUAAUCACGAAGAUAAUCCUCUAUUCUUUGUUCGCCUGGUUUUUGUAUUCAAAAUGCGGUAUUUUCGAAAUAAUUAGUUCCGUAGAUGAUUCAAUUAGAAGCUGGAUGAACAUAGAAAACGUUGAUACUAAAGUCACAGAAGUAGUAUGAAAAUUUUUCAUUUAAUUCGAAAUGUAUAAAUAAUUUAGUUAAAUUAAUUAAGAUUUAUGGUGACAUGAUUUAAAUAAAGUUACGCUAAGUUUAACGUUUAUAUAGUUUUCAAUGAUUAAGUGCAUCUUAAAAUAAUAUAGUGUAUAUUUUUAAUAUAUAUGAUGUUCUAAAAUGCUGCUACAGAUUUAAUGUUAAUAAUUAAGAACAGAAAAAUAUGUUUUACCUACUACCUAUUAUUACGUAUUUAUAAAUGGAAUUAGAUAUGUAUUUUAUAAGUCACUAGCGGACUCGGUCAAGCUUCGCUUUGACUUACCCCUACCCUACUCCUACCCUACCCCUACAUUAACCUACUCCUACCCUACCCUACCACUUAUUCUUUGCUAUAAACCUCACGGAGCCCGAGACCUUUCCAACGAAUGCAAAACCAUGGAAAUCGGUUGGUCCGUUCUGGAGUUAUAGCGCCAGGAAGGAAAACCCGAGUUAUUUUUAUAUAGUAGAAGAUAAUAAUAAAUGUCAUGUGUAAGUUAUGAGAACGAAUUAAAGCCAAAGUUAAUAUUCCAAAAA